GAAAGUUUACAUGUCAAUCCAAAAUCGCAAGGCUUUCCGUUCUUAGUUUAGUUUGUUUGCUUACUGAGAAGAGAAAAUUGAACAUUUUUGAACUGUUAAUUAGAGAUAUCGAAGCCCAAUUGAAUAUAACUAUUUUAGUUGAAAUUAAGCUUAAUUUGAAGUUAAACGAACUUUGAUUGUAGUAAAAUCUUGCUCAAAUUCUUCAGUUAACGAUGGCGGUAGAGGAAGAUGCUGAGCAGAGCUAUUUACCGCAGAAGAAGAAAUCGGAAUCUGAUGAAGACAAGAGGAGAAAGAAAAUUAUUCCUGGAAGCUUAAUGAAAGCUUUGAUGAGACCUGGAGGAGGUGAAUCAAAUCCUUCAGAUGGUGAUCAGGUUAUUUAUCAUUGCAUAGUUAGGACGUUGGAUGGAGUUGUCAUCCAGUCUACGAGAUCAGAAAAUGGAGGGAAAGGUAUUCCGGUAAGAGAUGUAUUGGGCAAGAGCAAAAUGAUAUUGGGGUUGUUGGAAGGAAUUCCGUCAAUGUUGAAGGGUGAAGUGUCGAUGUUCAAAAUGAAACCUCAAAUGCACUAUGCCGAGGAUGACUGUCCAGUUCCAGUUCCAAGUAAUUUUCCAAAAGAUGAUGAACNAAAAAAAUUGAUUUUAUGA